ACUAUUAGUAUAAAUAAAUUAUAAAUAGGAAAGCUCACAAAUUUGUUAUGGAUAUAUGGGAAUUAGGACAUUCAAAACUGGACAGCCCUAAUUCAAUUUUGAUUUCCUUGUUUACAUAUAUUGACCCAUCCACCUCCUCCUCUUUCAUCAAACCGUCCAAAAUUCUGGGGUCUUGUCUGAUCUUUCUCUUAAUUCUUUAUCUCCAACUCUGGGGUCCAAAACCCCCCAUGUUUUGAACAAAUUCAUGUGCCCAAAUCAAAACAGAAUCCAGUUUUUGCAAUGAUGGAAGAACGGGAAGACAGCGAGACAAAGCCACUUCACCAGGAUGCAGGAGGUAGCCAUGUGAGAAGGAUUAACCCCAAGAAAGGUAUUCUGGAAAUGAUGUUAAGACCAAUACAAUGGUUAAGAAUGUUGAGUGAAGAGUUGCAUUGGAGCUUUGUGUUGGGAGUGGUGAUAGUUUACGGAAUCAGUUAGGGUUUUGGUGUUGGCUUGAGCAGAGUUAGCACACGGUACUACAUGAAAGAUGAGCAGAAGGUACAACCCUCUCAAGCGCAGGUCUUGAUUGGGAUAAUUCAUUUUCCUUGGAUUGUUUAGCCUCUUUGGGGCCUCCUUACUGAUGUUGUCCCCAUUCUUGGUUACCGGAGACGGCCUUAUUUAAUUUUUGCUGGUAAAUUAUGAAUAACCGAAGCCAUAAUUUUUCUUUUUUCCUUUUUGGUUAUUUAUUAUUGGAUUUUUUUUAAUCUUCUUGUUCAUGGCGUCCUGUUACCUGAAUUUUAGUUUCUGAUGGGUAAUGGAUAUAUCAUGGAAUCUUUCCAACUUCUUUUUAUAAUCCGGCGUAGACAAAAGAAGGAAAAUAAGAGCAAAGAAAGAGUAUGGAAGAUAGAAAACCCGGUGUACCUUAUUAUAUAUGAUCAGUGCAAUUUUUUGACAGAUUUAUUUAUGAUUAUUUCAGGGUUUCUUGGUGUGAUCUCAAUGCUAAUUCUAUCACUCCAUAAGAAUCUGCAUCUUGGAUUUGCCUUGUUAUCCCCGGUGGCAGGAAGUGCUGGUAUUGCAAUUGCUGAUGUGGCUAUUGAUGCCUGUGUCACACAACAUGCUAUAAGUCAUACUUACCUUGCUGGUGAUAUGCAGAGCUUGUGUGGGAUGAGCUCUUCUAUUGGAGCAUUGUUAGGACUCUCGCUUAGUGGCUUCUUUGUUCACCUAGUUGGAGCCAAGGGUGUAUUUGGGUUGCUUGCAAUCCCUGCUAGCCUAGUUGUUUUGGUUGGAAUCUUGUUGAGAGAAUCCCAAGUGCGCAACUUUGCUUAUAGAAGAGUAAAGGAGAAAAUUGUAGAUGCUAGCAAGGUUAUGUGGACAACACUGAAAUGCCGGGAUGUUUGGCGACCGUGUUUAUACAUGUAUUUGUCUCUUGCACUAGGCUUACAUAUCCAUGAAGGGAUGUUCUACUGGUAUACAGAUGCAAAGGAGGGUCCAUCUUUCUCACAGGAAGUUGUUGGAUCCAUCUUCUCUGUUGGUGCCGUGGGCUCUCUUUUUGGGGUCCUUCUGUACCAAAACUUUUUGAAAAACCAUCCUUUUCGUGAUAUACUUUUUUGGGCCCAGCUGUUGCAUGGUGUUUCUGGAUUGCUGGAUUUGGUAUUGGUGUUGCGUAUAAAUUUGAAACUUGGUAUGCCAGAUUAUUUCUUUGUGGUGGUUGAUGAAGCAGUUUCUCGUAUGAUUGGGCGUAUUAAAUGGAUGCCUUUUCUCGUACUUAGCUCCAAGCUUUUCCCAUCUGGUAUAGAAGGCACUUUCUUCGCUCUAAUCAUGUCAAUUGAUCAAAUAGGAUUGCUUUCAUCAGCCUGGUCAGGAGGCCUAGUGCUCCACAUGUUGAAUGUUACACGUACACAAUUUGACAACCUUUGGAUAGCCAUUGUUAUCCGGAGCCCGUUAAGACUUAUUCCAAUCGGGUUCCUAUUUUUGAUGCCUAGAAGUGAUCCCAACUUGUCCAUCCUUCCAUCUGAGAUGUUGAGGACAAAAAGGGGCAAUGAUGUACUUGAACCUGAGAAUAUUGAAAUGGCUACUCUUGUCAAUAGCAUCUGACUUGAACCUGGGCCGGUAUUUAAGGAAUAACCUCUCCAAAAGUGAACAUCGUUUUUCUUGUUGGGAAGUUAUUGUAACAAUUAUCUUUUAGAAUGUUUGAGUACUUAGACAUGCAAGGACGUCUUCCUUUUUGUCCCUAUGCAGUAUUAUGUUUCCGGAGGUAUGGUUGCCUUUGAAUCAUUUGCUGAAGCAUCUGAACCUAUGCUCAAGGGAGUUCAUAUUAUCUGGAAAUUCUGGCUUUACUCAGUUGCCACUUUGCCUGUAGCAUUGGAAAUGCAGAGUCCGGACAGUUUCUAGGUAUGUUGCAGGUCCUCUCUCCAUCUGUCUCUCACUCUCUGCUUCAACUUAAUUGAUUGCAUCUGACCUCUGAUUCUAGUGGUUAAGUGUGUAUUGUAUACUAUGUGCAUUUCGGCUAAAAUGGCAAUGGAAUUAGUUACAUUGUCAAUGCUUUGUCAGAGACACAAACUGAUUUACACACUGAAAAUCUUUCUUCAUACAUUGAAAUAAAUAGUACAAGGAUAUUCAUUUAACAUGAAAAUUAAACUCUUGCCUCUGCUGUGGAAGUAGUGUUAUUUCUGGCAAUAGCUGCCAACCCCCCCAACCCCCAUUUUUAACA